AUGGAUCAGGAUCAGGACCAGCAAUGGAUGAUCAAUUGCUUGAAUGUAUCACUCGAUCCCAGCAAACCAGGUUAUGGUGUUGCUCUUGCUAGAUUUGCAGCACAACAGGAAACAGUUUUGCUACAGCAAUUUAUCAGAGAACACUGGAAUGAGGAUGAGGAAGGCUUUGAGCAUCCUGUUGUUGAGACCAAUGAGAAGGCAGCUGUGAAAGGACUACUUUUAGCAUUGCUUGAUGAUCCUCGUAAGGAGAUCCGUAUUGCAGUAAGUGCGGCUGUAUCCGCGAUUGCGCUUUAUGAUUGGCCAGAAGAUUGGCCUGAAUUAGUGCCUUCUCUUUUAACUUUAAUUUACCGCGAGAGUAAUCUGAAUGGUGUGCAUGGAGCUUUACUAUGCUUUUCUCUUCUUUCCUCGGACAUGGAUGACAAGAUGGUGCCCCAACCCCAACUUGUCCCACAUUUAUUCCCAUGCUUGCGCUGGAUGAUGUCGAAUCCUCAGAUCUAUGACCCAAGUCUGAGGUCUAAAGCUCUGUCACUAAUUUAUAAUUGUACUUCAAUGAGUUGGGUCAUGAGUGGUGUGUACGAGGAGAUGGAAACAACCACCUAUAUGCUCGAACCUUGGAUAGAUAGAUUUUCGUCAAUCUUGUUGAAGCCGGUGCCAUCUGAAGAUCCUGAUGAUUGGAGCAUAAGGAAGGAGGUGAUAAAGUGUUUGACUCAGUUCAUUCAGAACCUUUCCACCUUUACAAAACCUUAUUGGUCAGUAAUUCGGUGGCCAUUUUGGGAAACAUUUGUGUUAACGUUUGAAGUUUAUGAGCGCUCAGCAAUUGAAGGCAAUGAAAAUUCCUAUGAUGAAGGGUAUGAUUCUGAUGGUGCUGAGCAAAGUCUCGAGUCCUUUGUUAUCGAGUUAUUUAAAUUUUUAUUGACUGCUACUGGAAGCCCGAGGUUUGUGAAGGUUGUUAUGGACAAUGUAUUUGAGUUAGUCUACUACACUAUUGGUUUCCUUCAAAUGACGGAAAGACAGGUUCAGUCCUGGUCAAACGAUGCUAACAAGUAUGUUGCUGAUGAGGAUAACAGUACUUACUGUCGUGUACACGGUGCACGUCUGCUGCAAGAUGUAGUAUCUAAAUGUGGGACCGAAGGCAUAAAAGCAGUGAUCAUAUCUGUAGAAAUGCGAAGAAACGAGUCCCAAAAGGCGAAAGAUACUCGCUCUCGUGGUUGGUGGAGAUUAAGGGAGGCUGCCCUGUAUGCUUUGGCUGCUUUGGCUUCUGUGCCUGAACAGUUGCUUGAUGAAGUAGAGGUUUCUGGUUCCACUGUUGGAGCUAUGCUGUGGGAAAUAUUAAGUGAUGACAUGGCAAAUGGCUUCCAUGAGUACCCCUUUCUUUGUGCCCGCUUAUUUUCGACUGUUGCAAGAUUUUCUUCCAUGAUGAACAACCAAGUAACAGAUGACUUCAUAUCUGCUGCUAUGAAGACAGUUGGAAUGGAUGUGUAA